CAAUUAAACCGACUUAACUAUCCUUAACCCACGCACAUAUAAACACUCCUCUCUCUCACACAAUCUUCAUCACUGUUUCUUCUCUCUUCUUCUUCGAAAACCUAAUCAAUCAAUCUUAGCUUUUUCUCUUCUUCUCCGAUUCAAUGGCUCGUACGAAGCAAACUGCUCGCAAAUCCACCGGCGGCAAGGCACCAAGGAAGCAACUCGCGACCAAAGCUGCAAGGAAAUCUGCUCCAACCACCGGCGGAGUGAAGAAGCCUCAUCGUUAUCGUCCUGGAACCGUUGCUCUUCGUGAGAUCCGUAAGUAUCAGAAGAGUACUGAGCUUUUGAUCCGUAAGCUUCCAUUCCAGCGUCUUGUUCGUGAAAUUGCUCAGGAUUUCAAAACGGAUCUGAGAUUUCAGAGUCAUGCUGUUCUUGCACUUCAGGAAGCUGCUGAGGCUUAUCUUGUGGGAUUGUUUGAGGAUACUAAUUUGUGUGCAAUUCAUGCUAAGAGGGUAACGAUUAUGCCAAAGGAUAUUCAGCUUGCUCGUCGUAUUCGUGGUGAACGUGCUUAGGGUUAUGGAUUAUUAGUAGUAUUUUGGAAUGGUUUAGGGUUUUAUGAAUGUUAGUUUCUUUUAUGCAUUUUUGUAUAGUUUUGAACCUAUAAGGUUCAUUUUAGGGUUUUCUGUGGACAAUUUUGGUUUGUAAUUUGUCAAUUACAAUUCAAACUAUUGCAAUUGCAAUUAUGUUUCUCUUCUUUUGAUGCAAAACUAUCAAUGCAAAACACAAACUUAAUAAUA